CAUUAAUGUCUUUCUCUGCUUUCGACAGCAUUCCGGGUCCCAGGAAGACCCCCACUACCACCCGCCAUCCUACGAGGAGGCCGUGCUCAUGGACCGCAUGACGCAGGACGACGAGCCGGCGGAGGGGAGCGGCUCCGACAGCGGCAGCGAUGGCGAGGAGGACGCUCUGCAAGCGGACCUCCGCUCCAAGAUGGCUCGCAUGAACUCAACCGGCAUGGCGACGGACGUCAUAGAGGAAGUGGAGGAGGAGGAAGAGGAGGGCGCCGAUGGGGUGUCAUCGCCGUUAUCACGGCCGUCCGGCAGCGGCGCCGCCAGCAUCGCCCAGAGCAACGGCAACGCGCGGAAGUUUAAUACAAAGUUGUGACGUGCACCUACGCGUGUUGUGUGAACGGGACUAGUCAGCAUCACCAAAAACACGACGAAGUUAGUGUGCCUCUUGACGCAGAGACAAACGUGUAUUUUUAUGAGGCGUGUCAGGGGAUGUGCGAGGCGUCUGGAGGAAGUUCCGCCUUAAGGCUUUCAACUGUGCGUACAAAGAUUCGUGUUCGUAAUUA